CAUACUUUUUUUUAUCGAUUGAAACAACAUGCACACAGCGUCAACUUGUAUACUAAACUUGCGUUUAUUAUCCACUAGUGGGCAGCGUUGCUCAUCAUGAAUUUUCUAUUUUAUCAAACGAAAUAUUCUGGUGUUGUUUGGUAGGCUAUUAUUAUUAUUCAUUUUUAAAUAAAAAUGUAUUUUUUACAGUAUGGACCAAGGUCAUAUGAUGUUUCCAUGUCCGUAGCAUAGCCUAUAUUUGUCUAAUUUAGCGCCUUUUUUUUUUUUUUAACCAUUCAAUCCAUGGGCUUCCAAGACGCGCAUGUCUAUGGCACUAGGUCCGCCUGCACUGCCUGCACUGUCUUGGGGACUUGUGAAACAACAGCGUCAGACCUGAGAAGCUCGGCUGGUUUUUAUCGGAUAGGCCUACCGCUUCUUCCCUGCAGGAUCACACUCAGGAGGCCUCCCCCCACAGCAGACAUCAAUUACAUCACCUGACAUUUCCCAGAUCUGAGGAGAGAGAGGAUCAGACUUUAGGCCACCUGCUCUCUUCCUUCUUCUCUAGUCCACUGCAGCGCCACUUCAAGACACAACGAAGUCAGCUGGAUCCUUGGUCUAAACAUUGUUGACAUGUUUGACGAUCAUUUAACGGGAAUGCAAUCUCAGUCCCCACGGCGAUAACCGUGCAUUAAUCCAAGUCACGGCUGGUAUCAUUAAGUAAAGUUAGUCGUUCAUUUGGAAGGCCUAAAGGAGACAUUUAAAGCAACAUAUUUUUCUCUCCGAGCACUUGUACCCGAUCAGAAAAUACUGUGAAUGGACCAUAACUCUCUUCCCAUCACUGUGACGACCUGAAAUGGGAAGUGUGAGGUCUCUCAUGGGACUGGUUUGGCUGUGGAUGCACCGCUCAUUCGUCUUAUAAAAGGCCACUUUAAAGGCUUGUUCGCUGCUGUUUGCGCUUGUCUACAAUGAGUGAGGAGAUGGACUAGCUGAAAUAAGCGCCGUUUCAGAAGCGUUUUUGCUAAUGAGUGGUUUCCAACCGAAACACAGGUCAAUAAUUGGACUCUCAACAAAGGAGUUUCUCAGUGGAUGAACUUUUUUUGUGUUUUCCUACUUCAUAUUUUGAGCUGCUCUAUGAACCUCAAAUGAAAAUCACGGCACCCUUGCGCAAAAGAACAUGGGUAGCUUAAAAUCUCUCUUUAGGGGUUAGAAUCAUGAUGUUACAUAGAAAGAUCUUGAUCUGCUUCUCUUAAACAAAGGGGAUAUCCUUUUCCCCCCAUAAUGCAUCACCAUGCAGUUCAUUGGAUAAUUUUCACAUCUUCUUUUGUGGACUUAAUGUUGAUGAUUGUUCUCCUGCGGCCCACAAUUGUUAUGACAUCGUCCACUGUGGCCCUCUUGCGCCAUGGCGAUGACAUGCCUGUAGUCAUGGUUACAAGUGAUGGCUGCUACCAGUCCAGGACAGAGGAAGGGGCAAUGACUGUACGCUGCAGUUGGAUGGGGUUGACACAGGUCCCUGCGGGCAUUCCUAACCUGACCUUUCACCUGUUACUGGAUAACAACCAGCUCAGCUCGCUCCCUUCAAACUCCUUGUUUGGUCUCAGAGUGCUACACAAGCUCGACCUCUCACACAACCAGCUAACCCUUUUGGAACCAGGCUGCUUCCGUGAUUCAACACCCACGUUGCGCUUCCUGGAUCUGUCGUCCAAUAGACUUUCAACUCUCGAUCCGGCUGCCCUGGGGGGGCUGCGAGCCCACGCUAACCUCACAAGCAACCCCUGGCACUGUGACUGCAAGCUACAGGUGUCUAUGCCCAAGUUGGAUCUGGACCCCUCCUCCCUGGCAGAUGUCAUAUGUCACAGUUCGGAUGUUCCUGAAAUGGGUGGGGUGGGGGUGCCGUUUGUCCUGCUGGCGGAGGAGUUGGACCUGUGUCUCUCCAUGAGGAGAACCACGGACGUGGCCAUGCUGGUCACCAUGUUCCUGUGGUUCUCCAUGGUCAUCUCUUACUUGGUGCACUACGUACGUCACAACCAGGAGGACGCUCGCCGGCAUCUGGAGUACCUCAAAUCCUUGCCCAUGCCCCAAGUGCAACUUUAACCCUGGGUGGGUCGAUGGAUGGAUUGGUGAAUGGGUGGAUGGGUAGAUGGGUAGAUGGGUGGAUGGAUGGAUGGAUGGAUGGAUGGAUGGAUGGAUGGAUGGAUGGAUGGAUGGAUGGAUGGAUGGAUGGAUGGAUGGAUGGAUGGAUGGAUGGAUGGAUGGAUGGAUGGAUGGAUGGAUGGAUGGAUGGAUGGAUGGAUGGAUGGAUGGAUGGAUGGAUGGAUGGAUGGAUGGAUAGAUAGAUAGAUAGAUAGAUAGAUAGAUAGAUAGAUAGAUAGAUAGAUAGAUAGAUAGAUAGAUAGAUAGAUAGAUAGAUAGAUAGAUAGAUAGAUAGAUAGAUAGAGAUGAUGUAACUUUGCAUGAUUUCUCUUUCGAAUAUACCCACUCCAAUACAUCUAUCUAUUAGUUCCAGAAAGUAGCCGGUCAUGUAUAUUUUUUAAUCUUUUAUGUGCUGAAAACAAAUAGUCUUGUGCCAUGAAUGUAUGAGCAACAAUGUUUAAUGUCUGAGUAAUGUAUAAAGUUAUAUACGUUUAAAGAAUAAAGAGUUAAUUUCCAUGAUCUGGGUUCAGGCAAGGCACUGUCAAAAUAUGGGCAACAUUUUAUGAAUAAUUUCAGUAAUACAUUUUGCCCCACCAAUAUGAAUUGAAACACUUUAAAGAAGAGUGUUUGUUUGUGUUUGCAUAAACAGAAUAGAAUAAAAAACGAUG